AAGGAACUUCCCUUCUCCACCAACCCCCCUGGAGGACCAGCAGUACCAUCUCCCUCAAAGACUUCAGAACUUUACAAAAAAGAAAAGGACAGCUUUUGAUUUCAACUUGCGAAACUCAAGGCAGGGCACAUUGUUUCCAGAGGAGGGGAAACAGAAGGAGAACACACAUAAAUGAAUAUUUUAAUAAAUUCUGAAACAUAUGUGACAUAUUUAACAUGGUUCCUGACAUACAGUAACCUAGAUGGCAAAGGCAUUAAAUGACGAUGAAUGGGUAUCAGAAUAACCCACUUCUGAAUGUCUUCCUGAACCUGGGUCAUUUUCCCCAACUUUAAAAGAAUGAGAUAAGUGGGCAGCAUGCAGAGUAGCCGCAGAUGGGAUCUCAUCUUGACAACUGGCAUUUGCUGAAUACUCGUGCAGCAUCCAGAAAUAUCUCCUGGUCAGAAUGAAAGGUCUAAAUUUAAUACCAAAACCAGAAAAUUGGCUUGGCUUCCCUGUACUUUGCACAGGAAAGUUCUUGUUUGGAACUUCUGACAUGAGAAGGGACUGGGGAUAUUAUGUCCAUGGCAUCGUCAGGUAUUUGUAGACCUCACGGGUCUGCUGUGAGCUGAAGACCUAAUUUGGCCCACUGUGGAAGCCUGCACCAAGGAAAGAUCACAUGUUGGAUGGGAAGCAGGGAGAAGGUUUGCCAGGAGAGAAACUCCACACAAUAGGUACAGGUUCAUUUCUUCCUCUUCUCGUUUUGCUUACCAGGCCUGAAGGACACACUACCUUUUCUGACAAUCGGUUUGGGACAUCAGUUGUUCAUGUUUACACAGCAUUUAUUACCUUUGGUAAUAGAAUUCAGCCCUUCCUUUUGGGGAGUCACCCUCAUCCCGUCUAUUAUUAUGUCAAUAAGAGUCAUAUCAACUGAUUCAAGAAUGGACUGACACACUUCAGACCAAUGAGAGAUGGCCCUGAGAAUUUGCUAGAAGUAUUCGAAGAAAAGAUUCUUUUUUUUACUGAGGUUGCUAGGUUGGAAGAAUGAAAGUCUGUUGCUACUAACAGCCCAUUCAGAAGAAAGUGCAAUAAGAGACAGAGAGAAGGAGAGUGUCAAGAGACCAUCAUUGAGUUCCUAGAUCAAGCCAUACCUGAAGGUAGGGAUAACCUUAGACUUCACAAUUACAUGAAGUAAUGGCUCUUCUUAAUUUUAUCUUAUACUAAAAGGAGUCUUUAAAAACACACUAGACCGGGUGAUUUCUCCCCCUUUGAAUAACCAGAAAGAAGGUCACGACUGUGGAUGGUUCUUGCAGUAACUACAUGGUGAAAUAAAGGAGUUGCAGGGGGCAGUUUCUGGUUCCUUCCUCACCUCCCCUGCGCCUCUUCCCCACCCUCUUCUCCACUGGAGACCAGUGAGCAUUUAACAGCACAUUUCCACGGAACAGCAUCUUCUUAUCAGGGGACUUCAGAGCAACCACAUUAAGGAUAAAAUCCAUUCAAGUUUGAGUGCGAGUGGAUUCCGUUGCUUACUAGAAUAUACACAGGAUUGCAUCUUCGUAACUGAAAAUAUAGUGUUUCUAUGACAGCAUCGACAGGCAGAGGAGGAACUAAAAACUACUAGUUGUAAGACCUAAUUAUGAGCGAUCAGAUCAAAUUCAUUGUGGACAGUCUCAAUAAGGAGCCUUUUAGGAAGAACUAUAACUUAAUCACCUUUGAUUCCCUGGAGCCAAUGCAACUCUUACAAGUUCUCAAUGAUGUUCUUGCUGAGAUUGACCCAAAGCAAGUUGUUGAUAUCAGAGAGGAGAUGCCAGAGCAGACAGCCAAACGGAUGUUGAGCCUUCUUGGUAUCCUUAAAUACAAACCACCAGGAAAUGCCACAGACAUGAGUACCUUUCGUCAGGGCUUGGUGAUUGGAAGUAAACCUGUAAUUUACCCAGUUCUCCACUGGCUUCUUCAGAGGACUAAUGAACUGAAGAAAAGAGCAUACUUAGCUCGUUUUUUAAUAAAACUUGAGGUACCAAGUGAGUUUCUUCAGGAUGAAAUCGUGGCUGAUACCAACAAACAGUAUGAAGAGUUGAUGGAAGCCUUUAAAACUUUGCAUAAAGAAUGUGAGCAGCUCAAGACAUCUGGAUUUUCUACAGCAGAAAUAAGAAGGGAUAUCGGUGCAAUGGAGGAAGAAAAGGAUCAACUCAUUAAGAGAGUAGAACGUUUGAAGAAAAGGGUGGAGACAGUUCAGAAUCAUCAACGGAUGCUUAAAAUAGCAAGGCAACUUCGCGUUGAAAAGGAGAGAGAAGAAUUUCUUGCACAACAGAAACAGGAACAAAAGAAUCAGCUGUUUCAUGCAGUGCAGAGACUGCAGCGAGUUCAAAAUCAGCUGAAAAGCAUGCGCCAUGCAGCCGCAGAUGCAAAGCCUGAAAGCUUAAUGAAGAGGCUAGAGGAGGAGAUAAAAUUUAACUCAUAUAUGGUAACUGAAAAAUUUCCUAAAGAAUUAGAGAACAAGAAAAAAGAAUUGCAUUUUUUACAAAAAGUAGUUUCAGAACCUGCUAUGGGCCACUCUGAUCUUCUUGAGCUUGAAUCUAAAAUAAAUGAAAUAAACACACAGAUCAACCAGCUGAUUGAAAAGAAAAUGAUGAGAAAUGAGCCAAUUGAAGGCAAACUCUCACUAUACAGGCAACAGGCAUCCAUCCUUUCUCGUAAAAAAGAAGCCAAAGCCGAAGAACUGCAAGAAGCAAAGGAAAAGUUAGCCAGCCUAGAAAGAGAGGUGUCAGUGAAGACAAAUCAGACACGUGAAUUUGAUGGCGCCGAAGUUUUGAAGGGAGAUGAGUUCAAACGAUAUGUCAGUAAACUUCGAAGCAAGAGCACAGUGUUCAAAAAGAAGCAUCAGAUAAUAGCUGAAUUCAAAGCUGAAUUUGGUCUCCUUCAGAGGACAGAGGAACUUCUUAAGCAACGUCAUGAGAAUAUUCAACACCAACUGCAAACUAUUGAGGAGAAAAAGGGUAUUUCUGGAUACAGUUACACUCAAGAAGAGCUAGAAAGAGUGUCUGCACUGAAAAGUGAAGUUGAUGAAAUGAAAGGACGAACCCUGGAUGACAUGUCUGAAAUGGUGAAAAAACUGAAUUCACUGGUAUCUGAAAAGAAGUCAGCUCUAGCCCCAGUUAUAAAAGAACUCCGACAACUGCGUCAGAAAUGUCAAGAACUAACCCAGGAGUGUGAUGAAAAGAAAUCCCAGUAUGAUAGCUGUGCCGCAGGCCUCGAAAGCAAUCGGUCCAAAUUAGAACAGGAAGUCAGAGGACUCCGUGAAGAAUGUCUUCAAGAAGAAAGUAGAUACCAUUAUACAAAUUGCAUGAUUAAGAACCUGGAAGUACAGCUUCGUCGUGCUACUGAUGAGAUGAAGGCUUAUGUCUCUUCUGAUCAGCAAGAAAAAAGAAAGGCCGUUAGGGAACAGUAUACCAAAAAUAUUGCUGAACAGGAAAACCUUGGAAAGAAACUCCAAGAGAAACAAAAAGCUGUUCGAGAAAGUCAUGGUCCAAAUAUGAAACAAGUUAAAAUGUGGCGUGAUUUCGAACAAUUGAUGGAAUGUAAGAAACAGUGCUUUCUGAAACAACAAAGCCAAACAUCCAUUGGUCAGAGGAAUCUUUUAGGAACUAAUAUCUCUUGUUUUGAAGAAACAUUUAUCUGAAGCUCAGCAAUUCCUACAGUUUCACUUCAGUUUCUUUUUCUUCUGUAAAAUUCAAGAAAUUUUAAUAUCUUGAAUAACAUAUCUGUUCUAUUUGUAAAUUUAAAAGCAAAUAAAAUGAUGUGCAUAUAAUGGCUACUUCUUUUUGAAGUAUAUAGUUG